AUGAUCAAGUUAACAUUAUUAUUACUUUUUUUUAUUAUUUUUAUUAAAAAAAAUAUUUGUUGGUCAGAUGAACCACAUAUGAUUGUUAGUGCAAUAGCAUAUUAUAAUUUAAAUGAUAAAGAAAAGAGGAUUUUAAAUAAAAUUUUUUUGAAUUAUAAAGAAGAUAGAGAUUUUAAUGAUCCUAUAACUGGUGCAUUAUGGGCUGAUCAUAUAAAAUCAAAUGAGCAUAGCACUGUUAACCCAAGUGAUAUUAGAAGAUAUGAGAUAUUAGAUAUAUUUAAUGAAUGGCAUUUUGUACAGAUUCCAUAUAAUCCUACGAAAAUGUUCCUUCCUCAUUAUUAUUUAAAUGCUCAUAAAGGAAAAUAUAAUGCUAUGGGAGUAUUAAAAUAUAUUUAUAAGAUUUUAAUACAAGUUCAGAAAAAACCUAGACAUGGUACUUAUUUUUCUUACAAUUUUUACCUAAGAUUUUUUAUACACAUAUUUGCUGAUAUCCAUCAGCCAUUACAUACAAUAUCAUUUUAUAAUGAGCAUUUCCCUAAUGGAGAUAAAGGAGGAUCAGACAUUACUUUAAAUUACCAUGGACAAAUAGGAAAGCUACAUCAUUUAUGUGAUAACAUUUUCUACUCAAGAAAAAAACACUGGCCUCAUAUAAAUCCUAGUAUUUUGCAAAAGGAAGCACAUGUAUUGAUGAAUAUGUAUCCCCCUGAACAUUUUGGUAGUAAAUUAACAAUUCCAUCUAAUAAAAUUGAUUUUAUAGAUAGUAUUGCAAAUGAAUCCCAUCAAUUAGCUAUUGAGCAUAUUUAUUCGCACAUACCUGUUAGACUAGUGAAUAAAGAUAUGCAAAUUAAGGUUGACCAACAUUUUGUUAUUAAUUUAAAAGGAAUAUUAAACAAACAAAUGGUUCUAGCAGGUUAUAGAUUAUCAUUAUACUUAAAAGAUAUUAUUGCAAAUAUUCCAGAAGAUCUUUAA